AUAGUUAAGGAUCAUUUCCUGGUUUGACUUAACCGUAGAUAAGCUUUUUUAAUAACCGCAAAACAAACUAACUAUUAACUAAGAGUGAUUUGUAGAUGCUAUUCCAAAUACCAAUUAUAUCCUAAAUCCGACUGAAGUUUAACAAAGUUUAUGCGAAAGCAUUUUGGUGAUAAAAUUUAAACAUCAACAUUCCGUUUCAGUUUUUCUGCAGACCGUUUAGCUUUGCAAAUCUUGGGCAAGAAUUAAGCUCAUAAAAAUAAAGUCAACAAAACCAAUGUGUAAAUAUAUUCACACAUGUACCAUAGGUUAUGGGUAUUGUAAAUCGGUCACUAAGUCUGCAUGGAUAGUAAUUUGAAUAAACAUUAUGACAAGCGCUAACCUUUUAUCUCGAUUAGAGUAUUUACAACGUAUGGUAGAGCUUACAAUACAGUCAUUAAAAGAUCUUAGAAAUCCAUUAAAAACAGACACUUCAAACUUGAUACAACAUGAGAAAUCUGAACUUGAGGGAAAAUUGAUGAAGUUCUUUGCUCAGCAGGUGGUAGCUAAAAUAAACUUUGGUCCAAGUAUUGUGCAAAUCCAAAAAGAAAUUUGUAAUUACCCUCAGCUGCAUCAGUUUUUGUUUGUUGUUGACAUUGAUGGAAAUAUGAUUAAUGCUAUUUCAGAAAAAUGUACAACUGUAGAAGAAUUGUGUUGUUUCUCUGAUUCUCUGAUCAGGGGAAUAUUUUACAGUCAUGAUGAUGACAAAGUUUUAGCUGAAAAGUUGUUUGCGCAGUAUCGGAGGUUGGGCAUGGCCUUAAGAAUAUUGAGACAUUUUGUAGAUAGAUUACAAAGUGGAGAUAAAAAUGUUGAUUUAAAGUGGUCAGGUUGGUAUGAUACUGUAAAUGAGUCACAUUCAUCAAGCAUUCUUACAUCAAUUGCAACAUAUGUAGCAGCCAUUUCUGAUUCAACUUUUACUAGUGAAAAUGUAAAUCCUACUAGUAGAUCUAAACCUCCAAGCCCUAACCCUAUUCGUAGAUUAACUUCUGCUAACUAUCUACCUCACAGUAAAUCAGAUGAUGGAAAUAUUAGUCACAGAAAAAAAACUGAGAGCUUAAGUAGCAGCUUAGGUACUGGAAGAUAUCACAUUAGCAAAAGUGAUUCAAAAAAAAAACCUGCAAAUCUAAGUAUAACAACUGCUUUUGAUACUGAUGCUACUGAUUCAGAUCAUUCAAAAUCAAGAUCUUCUUCUUUGGCACAGUCACCUCGCAUACCAUCUGCAACAAUUCACACUUCUACAGUGCACUCAAUUAAACAUAGAUAUUCUGCUAAACAAUUACUUGUAUCAAUUGCAUGUGAUCAUUGCCAUCGAGUUAUGUUUGUUGGGCUCAAAUGCAGAGAAUGUGGAUUUAAAUGCCAUAAAAAGUGUUCCCGCAAAGCUCCUCCAUCAUGUCGGCCUGAAUAUAUUGAAAAAUUUUUUAAACUAGCUAAAGAAGGAAAAGCAGAAGAGAUUCAUUCAAUAAAAAGAACAAGCUCUGAACCUAGUGACAUUGUUCAUGGGAUCCAUAGAGAAAAACCUGAGCAUCGCAGCCAUGGUAAUCUUAUGCAAAAAAACAAGACAAUAAUAUCAGUUGACUCAUACUCUACUGCUUCUUCGUCUUCUGUUUGUUCUUCUCCUUUUCAUUCUGACUCUCCGGUUGUUACGCCUGCAGAAAAAAAAAAUUCGGAUGAAAUAUUCAACUUUUCAGAUCAUUCGCUCAGUAAAUUGCCUACAGAAAAUUUUCAUGAUACCCUUAAAAGUACAAUAAGUUCAACAAAAAGUGAAACAUCUACUGAUACUUUAACUAUGAAUGGAGCCAACACAUCAAAAUUUAGCCCAAAUACUGCACGAUCAAAAAAUAUACAAUGUGAUGAUGAUUGUUCCUGUGCCGUAGAUGAUUUGCAUAGCCAAAUUUCUGAUGUUGUGAAACAUGUGAAAUUGCGUGACCGUGGAAGCUUGAUUUCAGAAUGGGUAAUACCUUAUCAAGAUAUUGAAGUUGGCACACUAAUUGGCACUGGAAGAGUAGGAAAAGUGUACAAAGCCAAAUGGCAUGGAGAAGUUGCAUUAAAGAUCUUGUAUCUUGAGAAUCCAUCUAUUGAAGAGAAAAAUGACUUUAAGUACAAGGUUCAAGUUUUGCGAAGAACACGACAUGAAAAUCUUAUAUUAUUUAUGGGUGCUUGCAUGGAGCCACCAACUCUUGCUAUAGUUUGUUCCUUAUGCAAAGGUUUUACACUACAUCAGCACAUUCAUAUUCGUGGUGACAAGUUUGAUGAUAAUAGACUUAUUUCUAUUAUCCAGCAAGCAGCAGAGGCUAUGAGUUAUCUUCAUGCAAGAGGAAUUGUUCACAGAGAUUUAAAAACAAAAAAUAUUUUUCUUGAGCAUAACAAGAUUGUCAUCACUGACUUUGGUCUGAUUAGUGUUGCUGACAUUAAAAUUGCCAACAGUAACAGGCCAGACAAAUUAUUGAUACCACAGCGCUGGCUUUGUUACCAAGCUCCUGAAAUAAUUCGCUUAUUAAAUCCUUUUGAUCCUGGUUGCGAAGUUGCUUAUUACACAAAGGAAACUGAUGUGUAUGCAUUUGGUGUUGUUUGGUUUGAACUCCUCUCAGGUAUGUGGCCAUUCCAGGAUGAGCAUAGUGAAACAGUAAUAUGGAAAAUUGGAAAAGGCUAUAAGCAAGCUCUAAAUGGAAUAAUUGAAAUUUCUAGAGAAGCCAAGGAUAUUUUGUUGAUGAUGUGGGCGUAUGAUCCAUUGAACAGACCUUCUUUUGAGAAAAUACUUAAAGCCUUUGAAAGGCUACCAAAAAGAAAAUUAAUUCGUUCACCUAGCCAACCGACUUAUUUAACUCGGUCAGCAAACGCUCUUAUACUAUAGCGUUUCCCACCUUUUCUCAUCAUUAGUCACCAAUCCCCAUUGUAGAUUUUCUCAUCAUUGGUUGCGCAGUUAACCCCAUUGUAGAUUUUAUCAUCGAUAUUAUAAAUUGUAUUUUA